AUGUCCGGUCUUGAGAUCGUCGCAGCAGUGUCUGCUGUUGUUUCCGCGUUCCACGGUGGAUCAGAGCUCCUCAAGCUUGUCAAGCAGAAACGCCGCGCUCGUAAAGCCCGCGAUCAAGGUCAGCAAGAAUGGGAGGAGGAGCAGCUACAAGACUCUCUUAUCGCUGGAGAACAGCAGAUCGCUCUAAGAUAUAAGCAAGAUCAGAGAGAAUUGGGUGACUAUGUGCGCGUUGGAGAUGGUAAGUUCUACGAAUCAGGCUCGUAUAGUGGACUUGAGAAUUAA